UUGAGGAGGGAUUCCCCCCUUUGCUUCCUCUCCUCUUGGAGCCAGAGAGAGGGAGAGGAGGCGGGAGGAAAGAGACCCUCUCCCCCUCUCCGCUAGAUCUUCUGGGUGUGGGGGGAUCUGUUUAGCUCUCAAGAACAUCUGAAUCCUCUUAGUGCUCGCUCGCCCAGCUGUGUGUGUGAGAGAGGGGGGGAGUUGGAGGAAGAGAGAGAGAGAGGGUUGCUGGUGGUGGAUGAGGACACUGCGGGGCCCUUUUAAUUUUAGGCAUGAAUGCCGAGAGUUGCGUUUCGUUCUGCGACCCAGCUGCUGCCAUGGAUUCCUUCUACAACGCCGCCUCGCAGGGCAGCGCCGACGGCUCCUCGCCUUUUAGGGCAUUCCCCGGCGGCGGAGGCAGCGACAAGUUCAGCCCCGCUUUCCUGGCCAGCAAAGGGCAAAGCUUCGGAGACAGCGGCAGCGGCAGCAGCAGCCCCAAGUGCCGGAGCCGCUACAGCCAGCCGGAAUGUCCCAGCCUCGACGGCAGCGGCGGGCAGCAGCAGCAGCAGCAAGCGCCGUCGGCCGCCUCUUUUAACAAGUAUCACCCGCAGCAGCAGCAGCAACAACAACAGCCUCCGCCGCCGCCUCCUCUCUACGCACAGAGAGGCUCGUGCAAAAGCCCGUCGAGCGGCAGCCUCAAGCUGCAGGACGCCAGCGGCCACAACGGAGCGCUGCAGCUCUCCUGCUACGCUAAAGAGAGUUCUCUGGGAGAGGCCGAGCUGCAGCCAGGCUCAGAUCCUGCCGGGAUGGAUGGCAGUUACCUCAGCGUGAAAGAGACCGGAGUGAAGGUAUCCCAGGAGAGGGCGAGUAGCAACCUCCCCAGCCCGAUGGACAAGACUGACUCAGAGAGCAACAAGGGCAAGAAGAGGCGGAACCGCACCACCUUCACCAGCUAUCAGCUGGAAGAGCUGGAAAAGGUCUUUCAGAAGACCCACUACCCAGAUGUCUAUGCCAGGGAGCAGUUAGCCAUGAGGACAGAUCUCACUGAAGCCCGAGUUCAGGUUUGGUUUCAGAACAGACGGGCAAAAUGGAGGAAGCGAGAGCGGUUUGGUCAAAUGCAGCAGGUCCGCACCCACUUCUCCACAGCCUAUGAGCUGCCCUUACUAACUCGAGCAGAGAACUAUGCCCAGAUCCAGAAUCCAUCCUGGAUUGGCAACAAUGGUGCUGCCUCCCCCGUCCCUGCCUGCGUCGUGCCUUGUGACUCAGUGCCUUCCUGCAUGUCUCCCCACACUCAUCCCCACACAACCGGAGGGGUCUCCGAAUUCCUGAGCGUCUCUGGUCCCGGCAGCCACGUGGGACAGACUCACAUGGGGAGCCUCUUCGGCGGCGCAGCCAUCAGCCCCGGCAUCAACGGCUACGAGCUGAACGGCGAGCCUGACCGCAAGUCCUCCAGCAUCGCGGCCCUGCGGAUGAAAGCCAAGGAGCACAGCGCUGCCAUAUCGUGGGCGACAUGACAAGGUGCAGUCGCUGCCCUCCAGACACUGACCGAGCAAACAGGGACGAUCAAACCAAUCCAUCCACUCUUGGACCCGAGGCAGCCAGUGCCCUACUCAGAGAUCUGAAUGCAGCACUUUUAGCUAUCCUAGGUAUAAUAGCAUUACGUGUGUUGCCGUAUUUGGAGUGUUUUAAACAUGCAGGGGAUUUUGUUGUUGUUGUCCCCAACAAACAGGUGUGUGGAAGGAAAUAAUGGGUGUGUUUACUGCACCAGACAAAGUUGAGUUUUGUGUGUGUGUGUGUGUGUGUGUGUGUGUGUGUUCACAUGGCAUGUUUCCCGAAUGCUGUCAUUGUCCUGACUUGCCAAUGAAAAAGGACACUUUGUCUCCCCUGCUUUCUCUGACACCGGAUUUGUCUUUCUCUUUAAAACACAAAAGCUUCAAGCCACACUUCCCAGUUGAGUGCUCUGCACAUUUCCAGUACCAUUUAUUCUCAUGCUAUGGGCAGUUCUGUGAUACCUAUAAUGCCAGAAUAAUGUGGUUGCUUUAGUUGACGAGUGCCAGACUGGUGUUUGUGUGUGCAUGCAUGUGUGUGCUGAGUGUAGGGUACGCUGAUUCAACUCACAGAAUACCUGUAGAUGCCAGGCUGCAACCCAGAGGUUGCCUUGGCAACUGCACUGGGUAAAAAGAAGCAGCCGCAGUCUUGUCUCCCAUUUUCCUGACAUCUGCUGUAUGUAGUGAACAGGACUGCCACACAGCAGGCAGGGGUGGAGCACAGCGUGAAAGGAACAAGAGAAGCCAAUGCACCUCUCAAUUUGGCAAGGAUAAUAAAGGUCCCAGGCAAUCUCCAUGUUGUGCUCUGGCAACCCUACCACACAGGAAUCUGGGUUGAUCCAAGCAGCAAACCAAGGGCUAUGAGAACAGCACAACUCAAAGCAACGAUAUUUGUGCCAUCUCCUGUAGUAGUAGGGCCUGCAUCCUUGUAGGGGGACUGUGUACCUAUUGCCAAGUAUGAUAAAAAUCUAUCACCAAAACAGAGGACAAAAAUGGGCACGGAUUUGCGUAACAUUUGCAUGCGCUAAUUUAUAAUGCAACGUAGAAACUAUAAUUGAAAUAAUAAUAAUAAUUUUAACAAUAACUUUAUUAUUUAUACCCUGCCCAUCUGGCUGGGUUUCCCCAUAGAAAUGCAGUGCAUCUAACCAUAGUGGGGAAGACUGACCAAGUGGCCGGCGUGUCUGCUGGGUCUGCCACCCAGGAGCUGCCUGCGGAUGGGCAACUUGGAUGCCCCUGCUCACUCUCUCCUUAGGACUCCUUGUCUCUAAAACAGCCUUGGACCAGAGAUAGGACCACAUCCUGACAGUCCUUCAAAUAAGUGACUGUUUGCGUGCCAUCCAGCGAACUUUGUUGCAUGGGCAGCAUGGAAAUGUAGGAAAAUAAAGAAGAAAAUCAACAUAAAGUAGGAUCCAUGGCCCACCCUCUUCCAUCUUUUGCCCUGCUUUAGAGCUGAGGAAUGAAAUUAAGCUGUGGGAGCUGCUGCCAUCAAUAAAUGCAGUCCAAAACAAGGUUCUGACUACUGACCUGAAUAAAGAGCAAGAGUGUGACAAGAGUGUGGUCUACAAGAAAGAGAAAAUCCUUGUCCUGUCUUCCUGCCCAGGUGACAUGGCUAGUUCUACAGAAGGCCAAAGAACAUGGUUUUCCCUUCCUAUAUUAUUACGGUCACAGGCUUCUGACCAAUAAGAGAAGAUAGAUCUUCAUGAUUACCAGAACAAGUGCCUUCUUUAAACAGUGUUCACAAUUCCGCAAUCCGCAGCCUAGCUCAAAAAACAGUCUUCCUGGUGUCCCCUUCCAUUUGUACUGACUUAAACCACCACAUGAAGAUUGCCCAUGCCAUGUAUUGGAGGAAUAAAGCUAGAGCUUGUUUCUUUGGUUGGAAAUGCUCUUGCUUUCAGCUCAAAGCUUUUAGCAGACAUGGACCCACCUCUUGUCACUCCCAUUCAUCAGGAUGGUGGAAACUUCCCAGUUCCCCUGUGGUUGCUUUCCUUAUAGAUUGAUCAAAGAAGAUUUGGAUCGAGUCAGCUGAGAUUCCGCCCAACUCAGCUAUGAAUAAGCUGAUUUUUAAACAGUGUUUAGGUUUUGUGGUUUCUUAAGCACAGAGCUACAUAUCCAUCAGAGAAGAGAAAGAAGGAGGUUUAAACCGCCUGCCUGGUUUUUAAGAGGGUGUUUACUGGGUUUGGUAGCUACUGGUUUCCCUUCUGCCAGUGAGCAGCUGCUAUACAGGCACAGAGAUUUCAUUCGGGCCUCGUCACAAAAGCAAGACCCCCGUCAGUGAUGCCUGGGACACAAGCACACACCUGCCUUCUGGCUUACAUGUGGCUGUGGAAUCACAAGCAUUUGCACACACUCUGGCCUGGAAUGGGAAGGCUGCCGACAGGAAUUCUUACAAAAAAGUCAGCUCAUCAACCACAAGGCUUCUUGGUCUUCAGUGCACAUGGGUUCUCAGGAGGAAAAGUUACUGGAAAAUCUGAAUGGGGGGGGGGGAAUUGGAACUAUCCUAUUUGUGGAGCAGAGGUAAAUGAAGCAGGGCCUUCAUUUAGAGAUGGGGAAGCCAUAUGUUCCCUCACCACCAUGUGAUCAUUCCACAUGAUCAUCUAUCCCUCUAGCCAUUUUACUAGUUCUACACAUUUAACUGUUGCAGAAAUAAGUGUGCUAGUGGCACAGACUAAAAA